CUCUGGGUUUAGAAACUGGUUUAGCAUUGUCUGGAAUUUAUUCCUCCGGACUAAACAUUGAGUUUAUUAAAACUUUGUCAUGGUUUCUACAUUUUACAACGAAAAGUUGAACUACAACAAAAGUAAGUUCGAACAAGUUGACAAUUCGGCUAUUAAAGUACUAGCUAACUACACCGAAAGUAAAAGCUACCGGCUACGACGACAGCAGGAUAUUUAUUCUCUACUUGCGCUGACGCUAGCUAACGUGCUAGCCAGUUCAGUUGACUAACGUUAGCCAUUCGAAGCGUAGGAGGACUAGUAUGCGGGAGGACGACGUUGCUAGUCAACGUUAGUAGCCAUGGCCAUUGUUGUCUUGUGCUAGUUGUCGUUACAUUACCUAGCCAGCUGCUUGUUUGAUGUUAUGUUGAAAAUAUAUGGAUGGCUAGCUUUGGGAACAUCAACAGCAGACAACAUUGAGACCUCUGGAAAUCAGCUGACAGCUGCAGGCAGCCAAGGAGACCAGUGAUGGAUCAACUGAAAGUCAUGGACCGAAUAUUGGAAAACAUUAAUUUGUCUGUCAAGAAGGUAAGACUGAUAUCAAGUCUAUGCACAUAGCUAGUUAGCUCCUCUUCAUGUUAGUAAGAUCAGCUAGCUCUAACUUAUUUGAAGAUAGUAAACAUGAGUAUUACUCUGCUUGCCAUGAUAAGUGGGCCUGACUCAUGGUAGAAAACAGUUGCUGACUAUCUGUAAGGUCCUUGAAGAUUGUUUGUUGUUUAGCUAACGUUAAACACAUGGAUUACGUUUGUAUUGUCAUGGGUGUUUUGUUUACUAGCUAACGUUAUCUAGCUAGCUGACACUGUUGUAUUGGCCAAUGCUGUCAUGUAAACAAACACUAUUUCUUGCUACUAACAUUCUGAGUCACGGCCAAUUCAGCAACCCUCGGGUAGCUAGGUCUAUUUGAAGGCCAAAAUAACUUUUGUUGCUUAUAGCAUUUGACUUAUGGGUUACUUAAUAAAUUAGGCUAAACCCUGUUUGAAUGUUGACAUUCAUCCUUUGCAUAAACCUGUGCGGUGUUAACGUUCAGUCCCAUCCUUCCAAAGUAUUUGCACUGUGCAGACUGACAGUGCUUAAUAGACCUUGCCUGGUGUGAUUUUCUAGUCCUCUCUUACUUAUAUUCUGUUUGUUCCUGUUCCCAGUCUAAUGGUCACAUGAUCAUCAUCAGGUGACUGGAAUUUAUUAAGAUUCCACAUUCCUGUAUAUUCAGUCAGUGCUGUUAAACUAGUAUUUUCAGAGGUUACGAACAAAAGUCUGAUUUAAUGCUUUUAAGUCAGUCAUAGUAAUACCAUUUAGUGGAUCAGAUGUACUGUAGCAUUUAUCCAAUUUCAGGCUCCAUGCUUGUCGAGAUCUGUCAAUAUUUGAUGUAUGAGGUACUCCUCUCAACAUCUCAUGAAGAAGAUAUCCCCAUAUUUCUAGUUCGGCUGUGGGCCUAGUACUCUUAUCAGCGCCACAUGUUUUGUGCCCCGACUGCAGUUGCAGAGCUACUUUGCUGCCUGUGAGGAUGAAACUCCAGCCAUCCAGAAUCACGACCGGGUCCUACAGCGACUGUGCGAGCACCUUGACCAUGCUCUUCUCUAUGGGUAAGAAGACUGAGAGCCAAAUCUGCACAGUGCUUUAAUACAUCCUAACUCUGAACUCUCAUGUUCUGUACAUUGCAGGCUGCAGGAUAUCUCCUCAGGUUACUGGGUACUGGUCCUACACUUCACCCGCAGGGAAGCGGUCCGGCAGGUCGACGAGCUCCAGCACAUAGCAACCAACCUUGGGCGAAGUUAGAACAACAUAAUUUUUACAGCUUUCUUACGCACACAUCAACAUACAUGGUCAGUCUUGUGGGCAACCUGAGAGACAAACGUUUCACAGCAGUAAACCCUAAUACACGCAUACAUGCCAUUUCUGUCAAUCAAUUCAUACACCUCCAUUUACUGUGAUAAAGUGAAUUACAAUUGUUAGCCAGUGGUUUGGCAAAUGUAAGUUCCUCUUGUGUAACAUGCCAGAAAUGUAGCACAAGAGAAUGUUGUUGUUUGAGGUCAGGAUUACAGUAAUUACCAUUGGGGUUUGCACAUGUAUGUUUCUCCUUUUACAGAGAGGUUUCUUUGCAGGCCUACUUAUUUGCAAGUUCAGGCAGGAAAUAAAUAAUACAUGGUACAAGUAAAUAUGCCCACGUUUGUUUCUAUUUCUUUUCUGUGCAGGUCGUGCCUGGCUAUACCUAGCACUAAGUGAGAGCUCCUUAGAAAGCUACCUCCGUCUCUUCCAAGAGAACCAAGGAUUGCUGCAGAAGUAUUACUUAAAGUGAGUGUUCUUACACAAAGAGCGCUAUAUUAUGCAUUUAGACUAAAAUCGAAUCAAAUUCUGUCACGUGCCGAAUACGACGGGUGUAGACUUUACUAUGAAAUGCUUGCUUACGAGCGUGUCCCAACUAUGCAGAGUUAAAAGAUAGUAACACAAGGAAUAACAAAAACACAAUAAUUAAUAUAUAUAUAUAUAUAUAUAUAUAUAUAUAUAUAAAUAUACACAUACACUACCAGUCAAAAGUGUAGACAAACCUACUCAUUCAAGGGUUUUUCUUUAUUUUUACUAUUUUUUACAUUGUAGAAUAAUAGUGAAGACAUCAAAACUAUGAAAUAACACAUAUGGAAUCAUGUAGUAACCAAAAAAGUGUUAAACAAAUAUAUUUUAUAUUUGAGAAUCUUCAAAGUUGCCACCAUUUGCCUUGAUGACAGCUUUGCACACGCUUGGCAUUCUCUCAACCAGCUUCAUGAGAUAGUCACCUGGAAUGCAUUUCAAUUAACAGGUGUGCAUUCUUAAGUUAAUUUGUGGAAUUUCUUUCCUUCUUAAUGCGUUUGAGCCAAUCAGUUGUAUUGUGACAAGGUAGGGGUGGUAUACAGAUGAUAGCCCUAUUUGGUAAAAGACCAAGUCCAUAUUAUGGCAAGAACAGCUCAAAUAAGCAAAGAGAAAUGACAGUCUAUCAUUACUUUAAGACAUGAAGGUCAGUCAAUCCGCAAAGUUUCUUCAAGUGCAGUCGCAAAAACCAUCAAGCGCUAUGAUGGAACUGGCUCUCAUGAGGACCGCCACAGGAAAGGAAGACCCAGAGUUACCUCUGCUGCAGAGGAUAAGUUCAUUAGAGUUACCAGCCUCAGAAAUUGCAGCCCAAAUAAAUGCUUCAGAGUUCAAGUAACAGACACAUCUCAACAUCAACUGUACAGAGGAGACUGCGUGAAUCAGGCCUUCAUGGUCGAAUUGCUACAAAGAAACCACUACUAAAGGACACCAAUAAGAAGAAGAGACUUGCUUGGGCCAAGAAACAUGAGCAAUGGACAUUAGACCGGUGGAAAUCUGUCCUUCGGUCUGAUGAGUCCAAAUUUGAGAUUAUUGGUUCCAACUGCCAUGUCUUUAUGAGACUCAGAGUAGGUGAACGGAUGAUCGCCGCAUGUGUGGUUCCCAACGUGAAGCAUGGAGGAGGAUGUGUGAUGGUGUGGGGGUGCUUUGCAUGUGACACUAUCAGUGAUUUAUUUAGAAUUCAAGGCACACUUAACCAGCAUGGCUACCACAGCAUUCUGCAGUGAUACGCCAUCCCAUCUGGUUUGCGCUUACAUUUCUGCACAAAUCGUCUCAGGGAAGCUCAUCUGCGUGCUCUGUGUCGCCAUCCCAUCUGAUUUGGGCUUAAUGGGACUAUCAUUUGUUUUUCAACAGGACAAUGACCCAACACACCUCCAGGCUGUGUAAGGGCUAUUUGAUCAAGAAGGAGAGUGAUGGAGUGCUGCAUCAGAUGAACUGGCCUCCACAAUCACCCGACCUCAACCCAAUUGAGAUGGUUUGGGAUGAGUUGGACUGCAGAGUGAAGGAAAAGCAGCCAACAAAGUGCUCAGCAUAUGUGGGAACUCCUUCAAGACUGUUGAAAAAGCAUUCCAGGUGAAACUGGUUGAGAGAAUGCCAAGAGUGUGCAAAGCUGUCAUCAAGGCAAAGGAUGGCUACUUUGAAGAAUCUAAAAUCUCAAAUAUAUUUUUUGGUUCCAUAUCUGUUAUUUCAUUGUUUUGAUGUCUUCACUACUAUUGUACAAUGUAGAAAAAAAUAAAGAAAAACCCUUGAAUGAGUAGGUGUGUCAACUUUUGACUGGUAGUGUGUAUAUAUAUGCAUAUGCAUGCAUACGUACAGUGCAUUCUGAAAGUAUUCAGACCCCUUGAUUUUUCCUACAUUUUGUUAACAUUACAGCCUUAUUCUAAAAUGGAUUAAAUUAGGUUUUUCCCUUAUCAAUCUACACAAAAUACCCCACAAUGACAAAGCAAAAGAAAAAAACUGGAAAUAUCACAUUUACAUAAGUAUUCAGACCCUUUACUCAGUACUUUGUAGAAACACCUUUGGCACUGAUUAGGACUCAGUUGGUAGAGCAUGGCGCUUGCAACGCCAGGGUUGUGGGUUUGGUUCCCACGGGGGGCCAGUAUGAAAAUGUAUGCACUCACUAACUGUAAGUCGCUCUGGAUAAGAGCGUCUGCUAAAUGUAAAAUGAUUACAGCCUCGAGUCUUCUUGGGUAUGACGCUACAAGCUUGGCACACCUGUAUUUGGGGAGUUUCUCCCAUUCUUCUCUGCAGGUCCUCUGUCAGGUUGGAUGGGGAGCGUCGCUGCACAGAUCUUUUCAGGUCUCUUCAGAGAUAUUCGAUCGGAUUCAAGCCCGGGCUCUGGCUGGGCCACUCAAGGACAUUCAGAGACUUGUCCCGAAACCACUCCUGCGUUGUCUUGGCUGUGUGGUUAGGGUCGUUGUCCUGUUGGAAGGUGAACAUUUGCCCGAGUCUGAGGUUCUGAGCGCUCUGGAGCCAGGUUUCCUCCAGACGUGACGCUUGGCAUUCAGGCCAAAGAGUUCAGUCUUGGUUUCAUCAGACCAGAGAAUCUUGUUUCUCAUGGUCUGAGAGUCCUUUAUGUGCCUUUUGGCAAACUCCAAGGCAGGCUAUCAUGUGCCUUUUACUGAGGAGGGGCUUCUGUCUGGCCACUCUACCAUAAAGGCCUGAUUGGUUGAGUGCUGCAGAGAUGGUUGUCCUUCUGAAAGGUUCUCCCAUCUCCACGGAGGAACUCUGGAGCUCUGUGAGAGUGACCAUCGUGUUCUUGGUCACCACCCUGACCAAGGCCCUUCUCCCCCAAUUGUUCAGUUUGGCCGGGUGUCCAGCUCUAGGAAGUGCCUUGGUGGUUCCAAACUUCUUCCAUUUAAGAAUGAUGGAGGCCACUGUGUUCUUGGGACCUUCAAUGCUGCAGACAUUUUCUGGUGCCAUUCCCCAGAUCUGUGCCUCAACACAAUCCUGUCUCGGAGCUCUACGGACAAUUCCUUCGACCUCAUGGCUUGGUUUUUGCUCUGGCAUUCACUGUCAACUGUGGGACCUUAUAUAGACCGGUGUGUGCCUUCCCAAAUCAUGUCCGAUCAAUUGAAUUUACCACAGGUGGACUCCAAUCAAGUUGUAGAAACAUCUCAAGGAUGAUCAAUGUAAACAGGAUGUACCUGAGGUCAAUUUCGAGUCUCCUGGCAAAGGGUCUUAAUACUUAUGUAAAUAAGGUGUUUUCUGUUUUUUUCCAACCUGUUUUCACUUUGUCAUAAUGGGUUAUUGUGUGUAGAUUGAGGAUUAUUUAAUAAUUCAUUUUAGAAUAAGGCUGUAACGUAAAAAAGUGGAAAAAGGGAAGGGGUCUGAACUUUCCGAAUGCAUCAUUACAUACAUAUGCAGGGAGUAUACAGUACCGGAUCGACUGGGAUAUUCUGUAAGGAUGUCAGUGAUCACUGCAAUUGCUUGUGUUAGAAAUACAAAAAUGACAAAAGGCAUACCCAGUUAUAUUUUUUUAUUACAUUUUAGACAGUUUGAUGAGCAGGCGUUCUUACAUGAUCUGUACCAUAAUAUUGACAGAGUAAGUCUGAUUCCCGAUGUUGACACUGCCUGGGACUAUUUUUAUAUGAGAUUUGUGUCCAUUUGUGAUAAGCAUGACCCUGUGAAGAAAUGUGGAAUCGGUGGAAGGGACAGUCCCUGGUUUUCAGAUAACUUGACAGAAUUAAUUAGAAAGAGAAAUGUCUCUUGGGCUCAAGCUAAACAUACAAAUGCUCCUGUUGACUGGGCCUCCUUCAGAGCGCUAAGAAACAAAUGUACAGGAUUGAUCAGGAAGUCUAAAUCAGAUUUCUAUCUAAAUGCAGUCACAGAGAACCUAAACAACCUUACCAAGUUCUGGAAGCUAUUCAAAUCAGUGUCAGGUCAUAAUGUAUUCUCUGGCCUUCCUGACCAUUUAAUGAUGGAUUCUAAUGAAGUGAAGGAUAAAGCUGAUAUUGUAGGGGUAUUUAACAAGCACUUCAUGUCUGCUGGUUCAGUUUUUGAUAAUGGUGGGGCCCAGGCCUCUAAUGUAAGCGCUGUUACAGUAAACUAUGAUAUAGGCCCUCAUGUGAACCAUUUUAACUUUGAGCCUGUUUCUUAUGCUAAGGUCUAUAAAGCACUAAAGGCAAUAGACACUAAAAGGUCUGCAGGCCCAGACAACCUGGAUCCCUACCUCUUUUAAAGACAGCAGCUGGUAUUAAUACUGAACUUGUAGCUCACAUUUUCAACUUGAGUCUCUUGACCAAUUCCAUACCCAGCAUAUGGAAAUCGGCUUAUGUCCUCCCACUGCUAAAGGGUGGAGAUCCCUCAGAUGCUAAUAACUGUCGUCCGAUCUCCAAACUCCCUAUCCUGGCCAAAGUCUAUGAAUCCCUAGUGAACUCACAGUAAAAAACGUCUUAAUUGAAAAUAGCAUACUGAGCGGGGUUCAGUCUGGCGUUAGAUCGGGGCACCACAACUGCAGCUAUCGGGCCUUCCCAUUCUAGAGAAACAGGCGCCUCACAGGUCCUCAACUGGCAGGUCCUCAAUAGUACCCGCAAAACACCAGUCUCAACGUCAACAGUGAAGAGGCGACUCCGGGAUGCUGACCUUCUAGGCAGAGUUGCAAAGAAAAAACCAUAUCUCAGACUGGCCAAUAAAAAGAAAAGAUUGAGAUGGGCAGUCUGAGAUAUGGCUUUUUCUUUGCAACUCUGCCUAGAAGGUCAGCAUCCCGGAGUCGCCUCUUCACUGUUGACGUUGAGACUGGUGUUUUGCGGGUACUAUUGAGGACCUGCCAGUUGAGGACCUGUGAGGCGCCUGUUUCUCAAACUAGACACUAAUGUAUUUGUCCUCUUGCUCAGUUGUGCACCGGGGCCUCCCACUCCUCUUUCUAUUUUGGUUAGAGCCAGUUUGCGCUGUUCUGUGAAGGGAGUAGUACACAGCGUUGUAUGAGAUCUUCAGUUUCUUUGCAAUUUCUCACAUGGAAUAGUCUAAUUUCUCAGAACAAGAAUAGACUGACGAGUUUCAGAAGAAAAGUAUUUGUUUCUGGCCAUUUUGAGCCUGUAAUCGAACCCACAAUUGCUGAUGCUCCAGAUACACAACUAGUCUCAAGAAGGCCAGUUUGAUUGCUUCUUUAAUCAGCACAACAGUUUUCAGCUGUGCUAACAUAAUUGCAAAAGGGUUUUCUAAUGAUCAAUUAGCCUUUUAAAAUGGUAAACUUGGAUUAGCAAACACAACGUGCCAUUGGAACACAGGACUGAUGGUUGCUGAUAAUGGGCCUAUGUAGAUAUUCCAUAAAAAACCUGCCGUUUCCAGCUACAAUAGCCAUUUACAACAUGAACAAUGUCUACACUGUAUUUCUGAUCAAUUUGAUGUUAUUUUAAUGGACAAAAAAAUUGCUUUUCUUUCAAAAAGAAGGACAUUUUUAAAUGACCCCAAACUUUUCAACGGUAGUGUACAUAAAAGCAGGGUGACUAGGCGUAAGGAUAGUUCAUAAUAAGAGUAAGAUAAAGAACAGAGUAGCAGCAGCAUAUGAUGAGUGUGAAAGUGUGUAUGACUAAUGUGUGUAACUAGUCCCCUUAUUGUAAAUAAACCAUCUGCUUUGAAUCUCUCCCCCAGAAAUGCAUUGGUUUGCAGCCAUGAUCACCUCACACUCUUCCUCACGUUGGUUUCGGGACUGGAGUUCAUUCGCUUUGAUCUGGAGUUGGUCAGUAUUAGACAGUGCUUUGAAACAAUUAGAACUCAUAUUAAAUCACUUCAUUUACAAAAGUCCAACAAGAAAAUGUAAGAAGAAAAAAAAAAAAAGUACCAUCAUGCUCAACCAAAGAAUCUAAACAUAGUCUUUGGAUUGUGUGUAAAACCAAUAAAUAAUUCAGUCAAAAAGAGAUAUGUAAUGUAACAUCAACAACACUCUCAAACCCCCAUUGUUUUCUGGGUGUUAGGAUGUCCCCUACUUGGAUGUGGCACCCUACAUGCCGGAGUACUACAAGCCCCAGAAUCUGCUGGACUUUGAGGAGUGCCUCCCCAGCUCGGACAGCCUUUCUCUGCACUCCUUCACCUCCCUCACCUCUACCAACCUGGAGUGGGACGACAGCGCCAUCGCCCCGUCCAGCGAAGGUCAGAGGCUCCACCUCUUCUCUGUCUUAUGCUGUGUCACUAGCUUAAUUCAUAGGCUGGUUUGUCAAGUAAUGGAGUAUUGAUGCUAAAGUUGGAUCGAUUAGGAAGACACUUGUGGCUCAUGGGUUAUUAUGUAGAAAUAAUAGCCUAGCACUCACGUUGAAGUGCUGUUCAUUGAGCACAUAGCACAGUAUAUGAGCUCCAUUGUGUGAAUGCUUUAUCUCCUGUCACUUUCCAUAAACCAUUGAGCCACAUUGAGCCCCCAUUUAUGUGUAGUUUUCUGUCUGCCUUGCCAUACCAGUAACUGUUCUCAUCAUGUGUAUCAUAUUUCUCUCAUAUGUCACAUUUUCUAUGUAUGUCUCGGGCCUUCCCGUUCUAACGUUGAGUCUUAUCCCUCCUUUUUUAGAUUAUGAUUUCGGUGACAUCUUCCCCGUGUUGCAGCCAACUGCAGACUGGGAAGGUGGGACAUGGUACCCCUCCCCUAUCCUCCCUUCCUCCGUUCUCAACUCUUCUCCACCCUCCCUCCCCGCUCACAGCAUCAUGCAUGUCCUCCAUCCCACAGUGUGUGCUGAAUGCAUGCUGGUCCUCUGUGUGUAGUCAGUGGUUUAAUUUGAGUAUCUUAAUUGCAAUAUCAAUACUGAUAAAGAACAAGCAGCUAGCUAAUGCUAAGAGGGAAAUGGUAGAGAAGGCAAUCAAAGGGCUUCUGAUUUAUGCACUUUAGUUUAUUGGGAAGUAGGCUAGAUGGAUUUGUAAUAAUAUUAAAAUCCACUGUCGCUGUGCUUUUACACUUAUCUUUUAAGACACUACUGAAUCAAACGUCAAUUGUCCUCAAUAUUACAUGUGUAGAGUAUUAAGGGAUAAAUUGCAUAAUGAUGCUUAGUUGUAAAAAAUAUUUAAUUUUAGGGGCAUUUUUGGCUCACUAUGCAAGAAAAUAUGAUGUGGCACUAUUGCCAACAUUUCAUGCGAUUUUAUUGACAGGUAAGUUACAGUGGGGGAAAAAAGUAUUUAGUCAGUCACCAAUUGUGCAAGUUCUCCCACUUAAAAAGAUGAGAGGCCUAUAAUUUUCAUCAUAGGUACACGUCAACUAUGACAGACAAAAUGAGAAAAAAAAUCCAGAAAAUCACAUUGUAGGAUUUUUUUAUGAAUUGAUUUGCAAAUUAUGGUGGAAAAUAAGUAUUUUGUCAAUAACAAAAGUUUCUCAAUACUUUGUUAUAUACCCUUUGUUGGCAAUGACACAGGUCAAACAUUUUCUGUAAGUCUUCACAAGGUUUUCACACACUUUUGCUGGUAUUUUGGCCCAUUCCUCCAUGCAGAUCUCCUCUAGAGCAGUGAUGUUUUGGGGCUGUCGCUGGGCAACACAGACUUUCAAUUUUCUAUGGGGUUGAGAUCUGGAGACUGGCUAGGCCACUCCAGGACCUUAAAAUGCUUCUUACGAAGCCACUCCUUCGUUGCCCGGGCAGUGUGUUUGGGAUCAUUGUCAUGCUGAAAGACCCAGCCACGUUUCAUCUUCAAUGCCCUUGCUGAUGGAAGGAGGUUUUCACUCAAAAUCUCACGAUACAUGGCCCCAUUCAUUCUUUCCUUUACACGGAUCAGUCGUCCUGGUCCCUUUGCAGAAAAACAGCCACAAAGCAUGAUGUUUCCACCCCCAUGCUUCACAGUAGGUAUGGUGUUCUUUGGAUGCAACUCAGCAUUCUUUGUCCUCCAAACACGACGAGUUGAGUUUUUACCAAAAAGUUCUAUUUUGGUUUCAUCUGACCAUAUGACAUUCUCCCAAUCCUCUUCUGGAUCAUCCAAAUGCACUCUAGCAAACUUCAGAUGGGCCUGGACAUGUACUGGCUUAAGCAGGGGGACACGUCUGGCACUGCAGGAUUUGAGUCCCUGGCGGCGUAGUGUGUUACUGAUGGUAGGCUUUGUUACUUUGGUCCCAGCUCUCUGCAGGUCAUUCACUAGGUCCCCCCGUGUGGUUCUGGGAUUUUUGCUCACCGUUCUUUUGAUCAUUUUGACCCCACGGGGUGAGAUCUUGCGUGGAGCCCCAGAUCGAGGGAGAUUAUCAGUGGUCUUGUAUGUCUUCCAUUUCCUAAUCAUUGCUCCCACAGUUGAUUUCUUCAAACCAAGCUGCUUACCUAUUGCAGAUUCAGUCUUCCCAGCCUGGUGCAGGUCUACAAUUUGGUUUCUGGUGUCCUUUGACAGCUCUUUGGUCUUGGCCAUAGUGGAGUUUGGAGUGUGACUGUUUGAGGUUGUGGACAGGUGUCUUUUAUACUGAUAACAAGUUCAAACAGGUGCCAUUAAUACAGGUAACGAGUGGAGGACAGAGGAGCCUCUUAAAGAAGAAGUUACAGGUCUGUGAGAGCCAGAAAUCUUGCUUGUUUGUAGGUGACCAAAUACUUAUUUUCCACCAUAAUUUGCAAAUAAAUUCAUUAAAAAUACUACAAUGUGAUUUUAUGGAUUUAUUUUCCUCAUUUUGUCUGUCAUAGUUGUCGUGUACCUAUGAUGAAAAUUACAGGCCUCUCUCAUCUUUUUAAGUGGGAGAACUUGCACAAUUGGUGGCUGACUAAAUACUUUUUUUCCCCACUGUAUUUUCUAAGCAGACAUUUCUAUGCACUGGUGAAUUGUUAAUGUUGUCAAUCAUGUUUUAAUGAACCACGCAACAUGUUUCUCUUUGGAGACAUGAUCCUAAAGCUCACGCAGCAUUGAUAUGGAAUAAAACUAGAGAACUGCAAUGCCUGAUAGUUAGUACUCACUCUGUUUGGUGUCUGCUGGCAUAUAUGUGGAAUGUCCUCUAUUUCUCUUUGGAACCAUUGGAUUGCAUGGCUUUGUUCAAGGUUCAACCCUGCCUUUAUAGCUUCUGUCACCAACUGUAGCAUGUACUGUAGCACUGUCACUGCAUUCAUUUGACAUAGUUUAAUGUACUGCUGAUAUGUCGUGUUGAUAGACUUCAACAACACCAAUAAAGCACCUGUUCGAACAGAUAAUAAUAACAAAUCCUUAAACAAUUUGACAGACUGUGUGCCCUAUAUGAACGUGUAAGCUAUGGUAGGAAGGUUGAACCAAGGCGUAUGUCACUCAACAAGCUUGUCUUUUUUUCUGCCUGCCUGUCUUUGUCCUGUGCAUCCUGUGGGAAAUGUGUGGUUAGCCCUCACCCCUGUCCCUGUCAAAGGACCACCAGUAUCCAUUCUCAUUUAUUUGGACACAGUGUGUACAGUAUUUGUGGCAUACUGUAUGUGUGAUUGUUCUGCUAUUUUGAUUACCGUGUGUGUUUCUCCCGUCCUGCCACAGAGGGUGAUCUCACCGACCCGGUCAUCUGUCCUCGCUCCAGCGCCUCAGACUCUCAGACGGUCUUCAACGACUCUGUGAUUCUCCGGGCGGCCGCUGCCGUCAUCCCAGUGAGGGGAACGCCCCCGCCCCGCUGCCCCACCUUCAGACUCAACCCCUUCAACGAGGACUCGGACACCAACACCUCGGCCGACAUCACGCCCGUCCACACGGCCAGCCGCCACCACCACGACACCACCACCACCGUGGAUGACACGGAGAGCACCAGCAACGAGCUGGAGGUUAUCAGGUACAGCACAGCACACACUCCUAACAUUAGCCUCUGGCUAAAACUCCAUGAUAUUUAGCCUAGUUAGCUGGUUAGCCACUAACUGGUUAUCAGGUUUAGGUUGCCCUCACUUUUUCUCAGCCUCAACACACAGAGCUUGGAGUUCCAACUUAAUUUUAGCUCACAGACAUCGAGGUUAUCAGAUCAAGCGAAGCCCUCAUUUAUUGGCACACUCAUACAGGUCAACAUGUCCCCUAGCUUUUUGGCUUGUGAAAUGUUAUGAAUUUAUACAAUGGACCUAGGAGGAGUACACAUGGACUAACCAUUAUGACAUGCUGCUUUCCAUUCCACCAGGAUGGCCAGACGAAGGAAGCCAGCCAAGAAGCGCCGUGUUGUGAAGGGCUCCAGUGACUCCACGGUGUGCGGUGAACAGAACACAGUGGCCUCCGAGCAAGCGGAGGUAGACGACGGAACCCAGGCUGGGUGUGAGGGAGAGGGGCUGGAUGGAGACUCCUGGAGCCCCUCUGUGGGGCCGCCGCAGGGCUCAGGGGCCGAGACGGUGAAGAGAAGGAGCAGGAGAGGGACGGGUGAGAAGGAAGGCCAGGAGGAGGAUGAGUCAGAGGGUCUCCUGCGGCUGCCGGAGAUGAUGGACACCUCCAUGGACAGUGUGGGCCAGCCCCUACAUGACGUUAUGGACCUGCUCAACGGAGCUCUGGACGGGGGGGGGGCCUGGUGGCAACCAGACGAAGAGGAAGAAGAGGGGGAGAAGACCCAUCAGAGAUCCCUCCCAAGAAGGUCCUCCUCCGCCAGUCCUGAGGCCAACUCCUAUCCCCCGGGGCAGAAGCCUUUUCGAGGGGAUUCGAUUGUUGAGCCGCCUGAUCCGGAAGCCGGGCCCCCCCCCCUGCUGCGCCCUGCUCUGGCCUCGAGCCCAAACUUCCUGCAGGCCCCUCCGGCCCCUGCAGACUUUUACUGCUUUAUCCCCAACAGUCCAGAUGCUGGUACCACUCGUGGUGGCCACCUUGACGCUGCAGGGCAUGGCCAGCCGCAGGCUCUUCCUGGUGGCCAUGAAGAUGAGGGAGAGGCAGAGACACCACCAGGACAGGACCCCUUCUUAGAGGAGGAAGAGGAGGCAGUGGUGGUCGAGAAUGGAUUGGCUGCUGGAGAAACUGAAGAGGAGGCGGAAGAGGACAGGCUCAGUCCAAAAGAAAACUGCCAUUCUGCAGAAUUCAAGUGAGUUGGGUGAAACCUGAAUGAAACCUUUUUAAUACUUAAGAGUCUAAGCUGGGGGGGUGGGGGUGGGGGGGGGGGGGGGGGGGGUCUACUAAGCUAACAUAUAGAAUUGUUUUAAGAUGGUCAUACCAAGGAUAAUUGAGCUAUUUCAUUUAGAAUUGUAGGACCUAUUUAGGUAUCAAAAAAAUAUAUACUUUUUUUAUUUGAAACAUUGAAUUUGGUCUUAGUGUUAUUAGCCCAUAGAAACACAUUGAAUAUCAGAUUAAUACAUGGAAAAACAGAUGGUCUGUCCUAUAUCUGAGCGAUUAUACGAAAAAUCUAGAUUAUUAUAUAUAAUUUUUUACCAAUAUUUAACAAAUGUUUUGGGGCACUAAACUACUUCCAUAAUACACUGAGUGAACAAAACAUUAGGAACACCUGCUCUUGACCAGGGGAAUCCAUGUGAAAGCUAUGAUCCCUUAUUGAUGUCACUUGUUAAAUCCACUUCAAUCAGUGUAGAUGAAGGGGAGGAGACAGGUUAAAGAAGAGUUUUUAAGACUUGAGACAUGGACUGUGUAUGUUUCAAGUACAGUGAAAUGCCUUUCUUGCGAACUCAAAACCCAACAAUGCAAUAAUCAAUAAUAAUGUAAUACUAGUAAAACACACGAGAAAUAAGAAGGAAUAUGAAGAACACAAUAACUAAGUAAGCAUACUAUAUACAUGGUCAGAUCCAAUACCAUAUUUACAAGGUGUAGGGAUACUGGAGUGAUGGAGGGUAGAUACAGUAUGGAUAGGGGUAAGGUGACUAGGCAACAGGAUAUAAGAUAAACAGAGUAGCAGCAGCUUGUAUGUGAGUGGGUGUGUGUGUGUAUAAUUGUAUGUGCAUAUUAUGUGUUAGUGAGCAGAUAAUGGAGUGAGUGUGUAGGGCCUGUGAGUGUGCGUAUAGACAGUGUAAAAAUAAAAGGUCAAUAAAGAUACAAGGUUAACUCAGUCCGUGUAGCUAUUUUGUUAGCUAUUUAUCAGUCUUAUUGCUUGGGGAUAGAAGCUUUUCAAGAGCCUGUUGGUGUCAGACUUGAUGAACCGGUACCGCUUGCCGUGCGGAAGCAGAGAGAAUAGUCAAUGGCUUGGGUGGUUGGAGUCUUUAACGAUUUUCCAGGCCUUCCUUCCACACCGCCUGAUAUACAGUGGGGGAAAAAAGUAUUUAGUCAGCCACCAAUUGUGCAAGUUCUCCCACUUAAAAAGAUGAGAGAGGCCUGUAAUUUUCAUCAUAGGUACACGUCAACUAUGACAGACAAAUUGAGAAAAAAAAUCCAGAUAAUUACAUUGUAGGAUUUUUUAUGAAUUUAUUUGCAAAUUAUGGUGGAAAAUAAUUAUUUGGUCACCUCCAAACAAGCAAGAUUUCUGGCUCUCACAGACCUGUAACUUCUUCUUUAAGAGGCUCCUCUGUCCUCCACUCGUUACCUGUAUUAAUGGCACCUGUUUGAACUUGUUAUCAGUAUAAAAGACACCUGUCCACAACCUCAAACAGUCACACUCCAAACUCCACUAUGGCCAAGACCAAAGAGCUGUCAAAGGACACCAGAAACAAAAUUGUAGACCUGCACCAGGCUGGGAAGACUGAAUCUGCAAUAGGUAAGCAGCUUGGUUUGAAGAAAUCAACUGUGGGAGCAAUGAUUAGGAAAUGGAAGACAUACAAGACCACUGAUAAUCUCCUUCGAUCUGGGGCUCCACGCAAGAUCUCACCCCGUGGGGUCAAAAUGAUCACAAGAACGGUGAGCAAAAAUCCCAGAACCACACGGGGGGACCUAGUGAAUGACCUGCAGAGAGCUGGGACCAAAGUAACAAAGCCUACCAUCAGUAACACACUACGCCGCCAGGGACUCAAAUCCUGCAGUGCAAGACGUGUUAAGCCAGUACAUGUCCAGGCCCGUCUGAAGUUUGCUAGAGUGCAUUUGGAUGAUCCAGAAGAGGAUUGGGAGAAUGUCAUAUGGUCAGAUGAAACCAAAAUAUAGCUUUUUGGUAAAAACUCAACUCGUCGUGUUUGGAGGACAAAGAAUGCUGAGUUGCAUCCAAAGAACACCAUACCUACUGUGAAGCAUGGGGGUGGAAACAUCAUGCUUUGGGGCUGUUUUUCUGCAAAGGGACCAGGACGACUGAUCCGUGUAAAGGAAAGAAUGAAUGGGGCCAUGUAUCGUGAGAUUUUGAGUGAAAACCUCCUUCCAUCAGCAAGGGCAUUGAAGAUGAAACGUGGCUGGGUCUUUCAGCAUGACAAUGAUCCCAAACACACCGCCCGGGCAACGAAGGAGUGGCUUCGUAAGAAGCAUUUCAAGGUCCUGGAGUGGCCUAGCCAGUCUCCAGAUCUCAACCCCAUAGAAAAUCUUUGGAGGGAGUUGAAAGUCUGUGUUGCCCAGCGACAGCCCCAAAACAUCACUGCUCUAGAGGAGAUCUGCAUGGAGGAAUGGGCCAAAAUACCAGCAACAGUGUGUGAAAACCUUGUGAAGACUUACAGAAAACGUUUGACCUGUGUCGUUGCCAACAAAGGGUAUAUAACAAAGUAUUGAGAAACUUUUGUUAUUGACCAAAUACUUAUUUUCCACCAUAAUUUGCAAAUAAAUUCAUUAAAAAUCCUACAAUGUGAUUUUCUGGAUUUUUUUUCCUCAUUUUGUCUGUCAUAGUUGACGUGUACCUAUGAUGAAAAUUACAGGCCUCUCUCAUCUUUUUAAGUGGGAGAACUUGCACAAUUGGUGGCUGACUAAAUAAUUUGUUUCCCCACUGUACGUGUUAGUGAGAGUCUCACCUUUCCAUAGAGGGGUCAUAUUAGUGUGUAUCCCAAACUGCCCAUGCAAAAAGCCCAUGCAAAAAAAAUAAAGACUGAUUUUGAUGGUGAUUUUUGUUAUUAUGCUAAUUCGAUUUCCUCAUGGGGCGCGGAAAUCGAUUCUGGCGGGUUUUAAAGGCACAAUGUCUUGGAAAUAUGUUUUUCUUGAAUGUCCGCCUGAUUUCAGUUUGUAACAUAACAAGCAGUGUAGAGAAUCAUUGUACCAUCUUUUUCAAUAACAAAAAAUAUAUCUUGGCCUAUAUCUAGUUUAGCUGUAUGAGUUUUAUGUACAAAACUGAAUGUAAAAAUAAAUAAUACAUUAAACUUACUGAAGGGAAGCAAUCAGAAUUACAGAUCUAUAACUAGCAGUCGGAUCGUACACAAUUACAUAAUGGACUUUUAAGCCUUUUUUGGGGCAAUUGUGAUUCUGUGUGGCUUUUUCAGGGUGGACAACAAUCACCUGCUACUGCUCAUGAUCCACGUCUUCAGAGAGACUGAGGAGCAGCUCUUCAAG